AAUAAAAAAAAGGUAUUUGAAGAAUGUUAGAGCAUCAGACACCAACUUUAUUACCACCAGCACUCAACAACAGCAGCUGUUGGCCUACUGACGGUAGUAAUAAUAAAUUUAUUCACUGGCCAACUCCUGGACCUGGACAAUUAUUACGCGCAGCGUUAAUUCUAUUCUUGAGUAUUGGAAUUUUAAUAGCCAAUUUACUUGUCAUUUGUGUCAUCAACAGUCGUCGUUACAGCAAAUAUAUUCAUGCGCAGCCAAAAUAUCUAUUGACCAGUUUAGCGAGCAACGAUCUAGCAAUCGGUGUUUUAGUGACGCCAUUUGGAUUUUUACCCGCCGUCUACGGAUGCUGGCCCUAUGGUGAAGUUGUUUGCCAAAUCCAGGCACUUUUACGGGGUGCACUUACUCAACAAAGUGCAGUAAUUCUUGUUUGUAUGGCGAUCGAUCGUUACGUUUGUAUGUUACAUCCUCAUCGUUAUCAUCGGCACUCUUCAAAAAAGUAUUACAUGCGUCAAGGAUGUAUGGCUGUAAUGUCAACGACUUGGAUUGCAAGCAUCGCAAUAUUUGGAAGUCUCGUAUUACCAAGUGGUGGUUAUUAUUUCAAUAGUUCAGGAUUACUUGCUUGUGAUCCAUUUUUUGCACGUUCAUCCUUCAGAAUACUCGCCUGUUGUUGUUUUUACUUCCCGACAACGAUGGUACUUAUGUAUUGCUACGGAUCAGCAUUUCAUGUUAAUAAAUUACGAUUAAAACGAGUUGUCUGUGUCAAUACUCCCGAAGUUGUAAGCGGCGGUAACAUAGAAAGGUUAGUGGCACACGAGCGAAGAUUGUCGACAUCAGCUUCCAGAACAAUGGCGGCAAUGAGUCUCGGUUUUAUUGUUAUGGUAACACCAUGGACUAUCCAGGAAGUUGUGGUCGCAUGUACCGGAAGUAAACCGCCGCCAUUUCUUGACUUCCUUGCCACGUGGCUUGCCCUGUCAAAUAGCUUUUGGAAUCCAUUUCUCUACUGGCUUCUCAACAAUCAUUUUCGUCGGAUUUCCCGCGAAAUCGUUAAUACCAAGAUACUUUGUCGACAAAAACAAUUGGGUCCAAAAAAAAAUUGCUGUGCUACGAGUACUGGAGGACUCGACGUCUGCAGUAUUGGAGGUUUCGAUAUUUCAGGUAUCGAUCGAUGUUCGAUAGAUCAUUCUUCACUAGCACGAUGUUCAACGCCAUCAUUAGUGACUCCACCACUACCUUGGGAAUUAAAUUAUCAGAGCAUCGUCGGGGUUAAUGAAUUAUCAAUAACGUGAAAUAGGGAUGCCGCCACGCAAACCGAAGAAAUUUUA